AUGAAUAUCACCCCUUUCUUGUGUUUCAUUCAAUUUCUAUGGUCGAUUCCAAACUUGCCAAUAUUCAAGUCGACCAACGCUUCUCGUUUCAAAGUUCGCUCGUUACCAGAUAGUCCGACUUUGCCGGCUAGCUGGGCUGGACGACUGCCAGUGCCGGGCAGGAAAGAUGGAAACGAGAUUUUCUUCUGGCUGUUCGAAGCGGAGAACAAAUCAUACGAUGAUACCUUCAUCAUUUGGUUCAACGGCGGACCAGGUUGCUCAUCGCUAGUAGGAUUAACGGGCGGCAACGGACCCAUUUCCUUUGAAGGAAAUUCAACCUCACUCGAACGCAACCCCUACUCGUGGACACAGCUUGGCCAUGUCCUAUACGUGGACCAGCCGGUUGGCACGGGGUUUUCGACCGCCAGCUACCCUUACCCUGUUACGAACAACGAGAUGAUCACGGCGGAUUUUGUGGCAUGGCUGAACGACUUCUUCACAUACUUCCCACACCUUCAGUCCAAGAAAAUUCAUUUGAUGGGCGAGUCCUAUGCAGGGAUUUACAUACCGUACUUCACCGCCGCCCUCAUGGAAAGCAAUACUUCGCAUCCACUCGACAUUCGCUCCAUGUCACUAGGGGACGGAUCUUGGGGGAAUGCAGCUGCCAUGUCCUCUGCUGGCAUGGGCGCAUACAUGCGUUCGCAGGCGACCGCACUCAAACUGCCCAAAGACAUCCUCGCAGCCUUUACCGCUGCAGAUCAGACCUGCGGUUUCGAUGAUGUCCUCGCCCAGGCACAGGUCUACCCUCCCAAGGGUAAGAUCGAUAUCCCAGGAAAUCCGGAGAACUUCAAUUAUCGGCGACGCCGGCGGGAUAUGACGGAUGUUCUGAACUCUUCGUGCAGCAUAUCUCCGAAGACAGUUGCGGAUGUCAAUGAGUCCAUUUUCAACUCAACCUGCUACGGGCCAUGUGCCACGUACUCUACCGCGAUGGACUAUGUAGACACUGCUUCUGCCGCUGGGACAGGCAUCCCAUGCUUUGACGUCUAUGACAUUCAUCAUGACUGCAGCACAAUCGAAACUUUGACCUUGAUGGCUGAAUACUUCAGCCGUGCCGACGUUCAGGCUGCGUUACACGUUAGCAGUCGCGGAACCUACAGUUCUUGCAACUCGACGAUUUUGGGCACACUUCUCGGUGCGCCGUCGGUGGUACCCCCAGCGUACUCGAUCUUGCCAAACCUGGUUACGGAGCAUAACAUCUCUCUUCACAUUUACAAUGGCGAGUGGGAUAUGUUGCUCAAUCAUAUUGGCACCGAACUGUCUAUCCAAAAUAUGACAUGGCGUGGCGCACAAGGAUUCUCUGCGAAACCGCAGCAGUUGUUUUACGUCGACGAUGCGAUGCCUGUGGGCAGCUCUGCUGGGUCGGGAUCAGGAGGGAGGAAUACGACGACCAAGGUUGCUGGAAACUGGGCGGAGGAGCGAGGUGUUUCGUAUCAUCUGUUCCGGGGGGCAGGACAUAGCGUCUUUGCCAAUAAGCCGCGCGAGAUGUUUGCAUACGUUCGUGACGUGGUGGUGAGAACGAAAAAAGAUUGA